CCACAUCAUGUAGCUGCACAUUUCUUUACAUAAUCUCGCUAAGGGACAUGGAACACGCCUCUAGAACGGUUGUAUUUAAUAGAUACGUGUCAUGACUGACGAUGAAUGUCAUAAAUACAAGCAAACAAUGUGCACAUUAUUUGCACAAAUAAUGUUCAGCAUCGGCUACAAAGUACUUCUAAUCAAGACAUCGUAAUACUUGACUUGUGUUGACUUGACUUGUAUGCAGGCACAAGUCAACGCAAAUGCACGUUAUCAGAUCGGGUCUCAGCGCAUUAUUACCAAAAUUAAAACAGUGUAGUAACAAAUAAUUUUAAACACGAACAUGCACGCACACAAACACUCCUCCUCCUUCUCCUGCUUUCUCUUCUCGAGGCUCGUUCCCAACAAAGUUAUGGAAAAAGUAGUGUGCGCUUUCUCUUCCGUCCAUCCUGAAGAGGUGUACAUACACGUAUACAUUAUUCACUCACAAAAUUGGGUAAAACAGUCCAUUUCCAUACAUGCGAGCCGCCUGCCAAUCAUUAUAUUGAUAUUUAGAGAAGUGUCUCAUUUUUGUGGUUGAGAACAACGGACGGACGGAGAGAAGGCAGGACUGGAGUCUAAUAAGCAACAACUGAUAUGAUCUCAAGUUCUUGGUAAGUUUCAUUUAGCCGUUGAAAGUGCAUGCAAAUAAAGUAAUCUUGAAGGUUAACUAGGCCUAGGAUUUUACUAGUUCAUGCAGUCUAGUCUCCUUGUAUUUGUUACUAGCACCGUGUAGUAUUUCUCUUAAACUCAAGUUAUUCACCCAAUUGAACAAAACGAGAGCCAUAUCGCGUGCACCAUCAUUAUGAUUUUUCAUAUAUUUCGAGUUACGCACGUUUACAUCAAUUCGAUCAAUCAGUGCUCAAAUCUCAUCAUUGGACAACAAAUUAUUUAUCAAACUACAUGUGUGUACAUUGAGGUAUUAAGUUAUUUGAUUUACUAUGACAAGUGUAAUUAUUUGUAUAUAAAAUCAUGAAAUUUAGUGAUUUAGUAAAGUUUAGAAAAUCAUAACCGUGUCUGUGGCACAAGUAAAUUACACUUCAGAAGAAUAUUUUUCUACAACUCGUUAUAUCUGUAAUUGAUCUUUCUAACAAAAUGAGGGUCAGAAGAAGAAAAGGUUCGAGUUGGACUGGCACAGUUUCCGUGUUGGGCUUUGAGUGAGAGAGAGCAGAGCAGUUUUGUCGAGCAAAAGUGGUGAAGAAGGGAAGGAGCGUGGCUGGCUGGGAGGUGCACUAUGGAAAACAAGAAAAGACGGAUUCUGCUGCAUCCUCACUUUAGUCGUGGAACAUAUCUCGCAGAGAAACAACAUCCUCCUUGCCCAACUCUCACUUCCACCGCCGCUCACUUUCACCAACCCUGGCAGCCCACUUUCUUCGCCGUUGUCAAGUUGCCCCCAACACGUUGGCCGCAAUGACAUUUCGCCCCGUCCUCUGAUUGUGUAGAUGUGACGGCAGUGCAACUUUCACCACGGCUGCCGCACAUUCUCAGUUACAUUACAUUAUACAUCCGUAAUUGCAUCACCAGUCAAUACGUCGAAUUAGUGUGGUAAUUAGGGCACUAGAGAAAGAGAAGAGUCGCACAUUUUGCCGCAGUUGGUGACGAAUCGCGAGGUGGAUGCCAGCGGUGCGAAGGCGCUGCUGCUUCCUUUCCCCAUGGAAGACUGUACCUAUUACAACAACACUAGCUCCUACGACCACGAUGACCUCGUCUUAUCCAGCAGCGAAUCCACCCUGAGCUGCUUCAAUGCUAGCAGAAAUGCUACUCAAGAUUCGACAGAGGACGAAUUUGUUCUCACCGUUGUGGUGGGAAUCGUGCUCGGACUCGUGUGGAUUGCCACGAUGACAGGAAAUGUUGGUGUGUUGGCAGCAAUAUGGAUGGAGAAAAAUCUGCAUAGUCUUCAAAACUAUCUGAUUUUCUCACUGGCAGUUGCCGAUCUGAUGGUUGCAUGUCUAGUUAUGCCCUUGGCUGCAGUAUAUGAAGUAUCGAAAGUUUGGUCGCUUGGAGAAUGGCUUUGUAUAACGUGGACAUCCUCGGAUGUCCUGUCCUGUACAGCAUCCAUACUUCAUCUGGUGGCCAUUGCAAUGGAUCGAUAUUGGGCCGUGACGAAUAUUGACUACAUUCAUCGGAGGAACUCACGCCGCGUGCUGACCAUGAUAUUCACCGUGUGGAUGUUAGCACUCGUGAUAUCACUGACCCAACUGGGCUGGAAAGAUGAGACCUGGAAGUCGCGCAUUGAGGGAAAAGAGUGCACCGUAAACCAAGACAAGUAUUUUCAAAUAUUUGCCACGCUCUCAUCAUUCUACGUCCCACUGGCCGUCAUAUUGUUCCUUUACUGGAAGAUUUUCCAGGCGGCGAGAAAGCGAAUUCGGAAACGAAGACCUCCGCCAGCGACCUCCCUCCUCCCGAGACCAGCAGCAGAAACUAGCUUAAUCACGACAGCUUCCUCCAGCAACCCCAGCCCAGAGAAAACCGUCCUCAUCAAUAAUUACGGCGGGGUACGAGAUACCGGAGGAGGAGGUGGAGGAGACGAUGCUGCGAGUACGUGUACCUCUGGAGUUGGAAGUUCGGAAACUACUCGAAAAGGAACUCUUCACCAUCAACUUUUGCCACCCGGUUCGCCAGGGAAUUCCAGCACUGGAAUCACUCCAGAAACAACGCCAGCACGAAAAAUCACUAAAACCGUCAAAGAAACCGGCGAAGCUAAAAGAGAACGCAAAGCAGCCAAAACUCUCGGGAUUAUUACCGGUGCUUUCAUCGUCUGUUGGCUGCCGUUCUUUGUUAUGGCGCUUACUCUGGCAAUCUGUGGGCCUCAAUGUGACAUCAGUCGAUAUUAUAUUGCUUUGAUACAGUGGUUAGGUUAUAGUAAUAGUAUGCUAAAUCCUGUAAUUUAUACAAUAUUUUCACCUGAGUUUAGACUUGCAUUUAAAAAGAUAUUAUUCGGGAAGCAGACUCGGAAAUCAAAUCGAGCUGUGGCUGUUUAACCAUAGAUUUAUUUAUAUAAAUGUGUCACUAUAAACUAUAAACCUUUAAAAUGGCUCUUUAGAGAAGAGUCUUGUGCCUGGAUGUUGAAGUAAAAAUGUGUAGUUGUAAGAAAGUAAAAAUACUUCGUAUCAGCCUCUCGCAUCGAAACGAGAUCUUUUAUGACAACAAAGAGAAACAAAAAGUCGAGUUAAAGACGCAUUCGCUCACAUUCACCAACCAGCCAGUUGGGUGUAAGGGACGAAGAAUCUGAUGAUAGAUCUUCUGUGAGCACAGCAGUGAGUACGAUGAUGUGCGGACUGACGAGACCGACGACGACGACGACGAAGAGGAUGGAUGGCGAGAUGUAGAUGCUGAUAAAAAUCAAUAUAAACGGUGGUGCUUGAAUGUUGACUUAUGUAGGAGAAAGUAGUUUUAAAAAUUGUAUUGAAUGUUAAAUACUUUCUUUCUCUCUGUAAAACCGUCAUCUGAUUCCAAGUAAUUCAAAAUAAUAUGACUUGAGGAGGGUGCUCCGCCGAGCCCUUGAGGAACCUCUCCUCAGGUGUUAUUAUCCUGCUGUGAUUUUUGUUCUUCAAUGAUGAUGAUUAUGGUGAUAAAUAAAUACCAAACAGAAACCUUUUAAAUAAACAAAGAAAUCCUGA